AUGACGAAACGAACAUCAAACGGAAGUGCAUCAACUGCCAAGAAGAGCAAGGCAUCAACCAAGGGCAAAGUCCUCUUAGCUUACUCUGGUGGUCUUGACACUAGCUGUAUCUUGGCCUGGCUCAUCGAUGAGGGAUAUGAAGUUAUGGCAUUCAUGGCCGAUAUAGGCCAAGAAGAAGAUUUUGAAACUGCAAAGAAGAAAGCAUUGAAAGUUGGUGCUACCAAAGUGUUUAUCGAGGAUGUUCGUAAAGAGUUUGUGGAAGGAGUAGUAUUUUCAUCUGUUCAAGCUAAUGCCUUGUACGAGAACGUAUACCUGUUGGGAACUUCAUUAGCUCGUCCCGUCAUUUGUAAAAAGCAAAUCGAAAUCGCAAAACGUGAAGGAUGCGAGUACGUAUCGCAUGGUUGCACUGGUAAAGGAAACGACCAAGUUCGUUUCGAAUUGGGUUACUAUGCUCUACAUCCUGCCAUCAAAGUCAUCACUCCAUGGCGUGUCCCAGAAUUCUACGAAAAGUUCCAAGGUCGCUCAGAUUUACUGGCCUAUGCUGCCGAAAAGGGAAUCCCAGUAUUUCAAACUGCUGCGAAACCUUGGUCUACCGACGAAAACUUGUACCAUAUCUCAUAUGAAGCUGGUAUUCUUGAGGACCCUAGCCAUACUCCACCUAAGGACAUGUGGAAGCUCAUCACAGAUCCUGAAGAUGCUCCAGAUACUCCUGAACGAAUUGCUAUUACGUUCCAGGAUGGUAAACCAGUUGAAGUCAAGAACCUUACAGACAAGAAGACUGUCAUCAAGGAUUCCCUUGAACUCUUCCUGUACUUAAACACUCUUGGGCGUAAGAACGGUAUUGGACGUAUCGACAUUGUAGAAAACCGUUUCAUCGGUAUCAAAUCUCGAGGAUGUUACGAGACUCCAGGAGGCACCAUCCUCCUUGCUGCCCAUCGUGAUUUGGAAGGCUUGACUAUGGAUCGUGAAGUCCGUCGUCUUCGAGACCAAUACUCUCAGCGAUUGGCUGAAAUCAUUUACAAUGGUUUCUGGUACUCUCCUGAACGUGAAUUUAUCAUGUCUAGUGUCGAACAAUCUCAAAAGGCUGUUAAUGGAGUUGUUCACCUCAAACUAUACAAGGGAAACGUUAUCAUUGAAGGCCGAACAUCACCCAACUCUCUAUAUGAUGACAAGAUAUCAUCCAUGGAUGUUGCUGGUGGUUUUAACCCUUCAGAUUCUACUGGAUUUAUCAAAAUCCAAAGUAUUCGAUUGAAGGCUUAUGUCAACCAAAAGAUCAAAUUGGAAGGACAAGGAUUCGAAGCAUAG